AUGGCGCGUCGACGCAGCGUGCCGCCACCCGUCAACCGCGCACGCGAGGAUGGCACAGAGUGGGACACGAUGGACAUGGACAUGGACAACAACGACGACGACGAUGACGACGACUAUGAUUAUGAGAGCGAUGGCACGGCCUCCAAAUCCAGCACAGAGACCAACCUGAUGGAUCCAGCUGAUUGUGGUGAGGACAGCAAGAAGGAGACCGGCGAUCUGACCAGUCUGCUGGCAGACGAUGAGAACCCUCCAGAGUAUUACAUGGAAAUGAUGACCGCGCCGAGCGGAUCCCUACUCCAAUACAAUGAGUACGCGGCUAACUCACUGAAGCUGCUCGACCGUAUCAAGCAAGAAUGGUUCAAAUUCUGCGCCUUCGUCAAGCAGGAACCUAAGGAGAUGUACCGGCGGAUGGACGUACGGACGCUGUACACGUUCUUCAACUGGGUGCUGAACCAACGUCGCGGAAAGGGUGGGAGACGCCGCCAGGGGCUCAAGUUCCAGAGCUCCUUGGACACGUAUUGGAAGAUCUUCCGUCUAGUCUAUGAGAGGGAGAUGCAGGAGAAGAUAGACCGAGAGACAUCUCUGCGGGUGAUCAAGAAUGUGAUCCCAAAACUGGCAAAGCUGUAUCAUCUCAAGAAGGGGCACCGGAAGAAGUCAGUUGUCUAUCUGGAUGAUCUUGUCAAGGUUGUCGAGACGACCGUCACCACCACCAAGAAGAAGUUCGGCCACGGCCGGCAGCGGAUCCUGCUCUGCCUAUUCUUCCAGCUGGCCGGGUUCUCGGCCAAUCGACCGCAGGCGUUGCUGAAUCUCUGCUACCGGCACAUCAAGCUCACCCUUUUGAAGGACCCCGACAGCGGGCCCAAUAACAUCCUGAUUGAGUUUACUGUUGAAUUCGCCAAAACUUUCCUCGGUGAGAAAGAGGAGACCACAUUCAUAGUGCCGGAGAUUAUCUUCGACCCGUCUCUCAUCCUCAGCCCACAUGUCAUUCUCCUGGGCCUUCUGUUUGCCGAUCGCGCAUUCGCCGCUCUUGAUGGAGAGAUAGUUCUCACCUCGGCGCGACAGCUCAUCGACCUGAAGAUACCAGAAGACACCUAUCAGAUUGAGCUCCACCUGGACCCGGCCCUGAAUGAGGUCCCGGUGUUCCGGAAGUCGGAUCGGAUGCUAGAACGGGUCGAGAUAUCAGCCACUGAAGCUCUGACAUACAGCACCAUCAGGCCGUGGAUCAGGCGGGUCGGGGAGCUAUCUGCAUUCCGCGACAUCGUCCGUCCAUACAGCCUCCGAUAUGGCGCCGGCAAGGCGUUAGAUAACAGCGGGCAUGUCAGUGAAGCGGUCCGCAGUCUGAUCUUCCAGCACUCAGAUCCUCGUACGUUCCUCAAAUACUACCUCCAUAGAAAGGUGGAUAAGGAUGUUCGCGCCAUCGUCCAGGGUCUGGACCCGCAGGAACAUAUCAUGCGCGCCGCGUGCCGGAUGCUCCGCUCCGUCAACCCGCGGCGGCCGCAGGAACUGACCACAGAGCAGUCGAAGUCAGUCAACCAGCAACCCCACAUCCAGAAGCUCAUCCAGCAACGGGAUCGGCUCAGCGGACGCCUUGGGCGACCCCUCAAGAAGCACAAGGGGACUGUUUUGUAUGAGUUCCACAAAAAGAUCAGCCGUGAGCUGGCGGGCGCACGCCAGCGGGCCAGAGACACACUCCUACGUGAUGUGCAGGAAAAAUUCGACUUUGAGGAGCCCCUGCGCGAGAUCAAGCGACAGCUGUCCGGGAUCGAGGUCGCAAAGACAUUCCAUGGGUGCUUGAAUGCAAAUGAGACUGUCCCCGCGCCGCAGCUGCGAUUGAUCACGGCGCUUCUCACGCUACCCUGCGAGACGCUGCGGGACGAGAUGCUUCGACGCACUGAGGGGAUCAACGCGGUUGCGGCAUACUGCCUCUUUGAGGAGGGGGAUACCUGCCGACUGCCGCAUGACAAGAGACCUACUCCCCUCGCGCUUCAGAGGGUCAGGGUAGAGGUGCACGUUCCUCCACCUCCCAGCCAGCGGGAGAUCGCAACGGGGGCCGUGAUGAAGGACCGUCGGCCACUCUACUGCUUCAUCUGUCUGGAAAAAUUCUCAACUCAUGGUGGGGUGACCAAGCACCUCGGACGGAGACAUCUGCAGCACAUCAAGCCUGGAGACAAGAUCAGUUGCCCGCGCUGUGACAUGGUCCUCAAGAGCAAAAUGGAGCUUCAAAGCCAUGCCUACCAUGUUCAUAGCACGGUCAGUCCAGCUGAUCUGUAGACCUUGGGCCAUUUACACGAACUACAGUAAAUACCACCAGGAUGACUCUUUCUACAACCCCAGUUCGUCAAUCUGCCUCGACGUUCACUUUACCCGGAAGUGAUCAUACAACAUUGGUCAUGAAAGGCAAUAGAAGUUCAUCCCCAUGUCUCUUUGUUUAGAACAUAUCUGUCACUGAAUCUUACAAUCUCUGCUUCCACUGCGCCAAGAGCAUGUACACAUAGAAAUGCCAAUUAAAUAAAUCAUAUCCAUCCACU